GUACCGGCCACUGAGGACUAACUUGGGGACAGCAUGGAGAGCAGAUGGAGUGGCUGGGUGCUGGUCCUGGCCCUAUGCCUGGGGUCCUAUCAAGCUGGGGCCAGCCCCCUCCCCGAGUGCGGCGAGCGGCUGGAGGAGUGGUGCCGUGAUGUGGGGACGGCGGCCAAGUGUGGGGUGCUGGAGCUGUGCCGGCUCGCCGUCUGGGACCGAGACCUGGGGCAGAAAGGGAUCCCGUGUCACCUGUGCCAGGUGGUGGUCUCCACGCUGGGGAAGAUCCUGCAGGACAACUGCACUGAGGAAAAGCUGAGGCUCUUCUUGGAUAAGAAAUGCCAGUACCUGCCCUUCCAGGACUGGUCGGUCAAGUGCAAGAAGAUGGUGGACACCGGCAUCCUCAUCCUGGUCCAGCUGGGCAAGCAAGUGCUGUCGGACCCGAAGGUGGUGUGCGGCACCAUCAAGCUGUGCCAGCCCAGAGGGAGCCCCGAGGGGGCCCUGAAGUUUCAGAAGCCGCUGCCAGCCCCCGCGCAGGACUUUGCGGAGCUCACCAUACCUGUCAUCGCCGGCAUCCCGCUCCUGCUCCAGCCCCAGGACACUCCUCGUGCCCAGGAGCCGGGGGACCUGUGUGGGGACUGCGCCCGGCUGGUGGCGGCCGUGCAGAUGGAGCUGGGUGCCUUCGCCCGCUCUGUGGCAUCCCGUGCCGAGAAGGAGUGCGAGGGCUUGGCACCCGUCCUGGCACAGCGGUGCAAGCACUACCUGGCUGAGUACGCGGACACAGCUGCCUGGCUGCUCCGGCACCUGCAGGCUGAGGACCCGCGGGAGCUCUGCAGCCUGCUGGGGCUCUGCCCCUCCUUGUCGUCGUCUUUGUCACUGUCAUCAUCAGGAUCCAUGCAUGCACUGCUCUCUGAGAAGGUGGCCCAGCUCCUGAGCAUGCUGGUCCCCGACAGGGAGACCACGCCGCUGUGCGAGAUGUGCGAGUUCGCCGUCAGGGCGGCUGAGAGCCUCCUGGAGAACAACAUGACGGAGGAGCAGCUGGUGAACGACAUCGAGAAGGUGUGCUACAUGCUGCCCCACGGCGUCAUCGGGCAGUGCAAGGACUUCGUCGACUCCUACGGCAAGGCAGUGGUCAUCAUGCUGCUGGAGGCCACCGACCCGCGGGCCAUCUGCACCAUGCUGCGCCUCUGCCCGCGCCAGGGGGCUGCCCGUGGGGUGGCCGCCGCGCUUGAGCCAGCCACGGGCUCCUUCUGCAAUGUCUGCCAGAUCCUCAUCACCUACUUCGAUAACGAGCUGCUGAAGAAUGAGACGCUGGCGGAGCUGGGCGACGUGCUGGAGAAGGGCUGCGAGCUGCUGCCUGCGCCGCUCACUGGCAAGUGUGAGGCGCUGGUGGUGCAGUACGAGCCAGCGGCCGUGCGGCUCCUGGUGCAGAUGAUGGACCCUGACUUCGUCUGCACCAAAAUCAGAGCUUGCGACUCACCCCUGGGCUCGGAGCCCUGUGCAUGGGGACCUGGAUACUGGUGUGCCAGUAUGGCUACUGCCAUUGAAUGUGAUGCCGUCGAGCACUGCAGGCGUCAUAUAUGGGACUAGAAGCCACCUCUCCGGCCGGGCUCGCUGCGGUUUGGGUUCGGCACCCAAACUAUCCUAGACCCCCCCCUUGGGAUGUGCCUGCAGCUGCAGGGAAUGGGGCAUCUCCAGGGUGCCCCAGCCCCCUCUGCCUUCUCCUUUUCCACCCCGGGGCUUGGAUUUUCAAAUCAGGUUAAGGGAUUUCGUCUUGGUUUUAGGACUGGGAAUUCAGUGGGGAGGUCUCUUAGGCUCAUUUCAAAAUCCCUCCAGCCCACCAUCCCCUCUCUCCUGCUACCCGUGGGGUAAAAACUGGGGUUAGCCCCAUGUGCAUGCCACCCAGAACCGACGCCGAAGCCCAGGUCAGCUGAAACCACAGCAGCUCCAGGGGCUGUGAUGGUUUCUGCUGCCAAAACACUAGUGCUGAGAGUCUAGGCACUCUCACUCCCUGGGUCCCAUUUGAUUUUUGGCAAGCCCAGACCUUUGCUGGUCUGUUCAAACUGGGGAGGCUUUGAAUUUUAUUUUAUUUUUCCCCUGGUCACCAGUUAAAGAAAAGUGGAAUAGAUUUGCGUGCAAUGCCUGGCUUUGCAUGACUUCUGCGGUUGACGAAUUUUGCAGGAGGAAGGAGAAGAGAGAGGCCGAGUUGAGAGUUAGGAACAUAUACAUAAUAUACAUAUAUAUAUAUAUAUACAUCUAAGUGUGUGUGUGUGUGUGUAUAUAUAUGCAUACACACACACAAAUGAGGCGCAUCUGCCCUGAUCCUGCUGCUCUGCCGGGACCAGCAGGAGCACUGCAGCCCACAGAAGGGUGCAAAGCCAGGACUGCAGGGCUGGGAUUUGGGGUUUCCUCGCUUCAGGACACACGAGCCAGCGUCCCCAGGUGCGGGCUGCUCGCCGUGGGAUGCCAUGCAGGAUCACCUCCCCUCCACGGACAC